UAGCAACACUGUGACAUAUUGCGCGUUGAGCGCUAAGCGCUAAUGCGAAUUAAUAGUUUUUGAUUUCGCCGUCUACUCUACUGGUGGUUUUAUCACUUCUAUCUACAUUUUUGUAAUUUGCUAUUUAAAGUUAAAUUUUCGUUGCGCUUUGUUUUCGGUGAACAGUGAAUUUAAAUUUUAACUAUUGGUAGUGGUCGGACCUCCCUCCAAGCGUUUCUUUGACACAUUUUACAGACGCCAUGUUUGUCACGUUUUUGCCAGUUGUGAAUAUAUUUAGCCAAAAAUUGUAUUUGCAGUAGCGUUACUUCGUAAAAUUGUUGAACAGUGCCCUAUACCAGUUCCACAAUGAGUCAAAAAACACCCAGAAAUAAGGAAAAGCGAUCGCGUUCACCUUCUAAUGAAACUAACAAUUCAUUUGUCAAGAAUGUGACAUCCAGAGUAUCGGGCUUACUGCCCAGUAUCACAAAGUGGUUCAGUAGCCCCCGCUCUUCAAAUGCAAAUGGUUCCGCACCAGUUGCUGAUGCUUCAGAUUCUUCAGAUGAUGAAGUAGUGGACACCCCGGAAGUAGCUCAACAACCACCUGCCAAACGCAUGCGGUUUAACCCUCCCGGAACUUAUAAUCACUACAGCCCUGCAGAUGCCAGCUGUUCCAGGAAUGAUAUGGAAAUAAUAGAACUACCUUACAGUCCCUUUUCGGGUACUCAGUGUACACAACCUACUCGCAACUCAUACAGUACAGCAAUGCGGGCUCCAAAUGAAGACCAUCAGGAUACAAUGGAAAGAGACACGCCACGAGCUUUCAAGGUGUCUCACUCUAUCUCCAGUAUUGGCCAAUCAGUUGCCCCUAAACGAAAAUCUAUUUUCGAAACCACAACCCAAGAAGAAGUUAUGAAAAUAACUGCAAGAGCAUCAACAAAUCAAAUUCGUGACCUAAAGCAGCCCAGCUUUAAACCUAGUCUGCUUGGUUCUCCAUUUUACCCUGGGAGAACCAUGUAUGGAGGAGCAGCGUCUUCAUACAUAAACCAGCCAAACAUAAAACAAGAGACUGUGGCAGUAGUAAAUGAGUCUCCAAUCAACGAUGACACCGCCAUCAGCAGCUCUGCGCGACGUAUCAUGGAUUUAUUAGAAAGCUAUUCCUCUCCUCUUACGGAAGCCCGCAGGAUCCCUCUGUAUACUAAACCCAAAAAUGACGGAUUUAAUAUCAGCAGCGCUCCCUCUUCAUCCACAAAUAAUAAUUUAGCAUAUCGGACUCGAGAACUCCAUGUACCAAGCAUUGCAUCUAUACUACGCCUGAAGAAAAAGUCUCGUCUCAUGGACACGACGAACAUUGCUCGACAGUUAAUGGCUUCUCAAAGCAGUACUUCUAACGAAUUUCCAGAUUAUCCUAGGCAGGAAACGAAAGGGACUGAGGUCGAGAAGGAACCGCCUACUAAAUUUUCUUCUAAAAUGAAAUCAAGAAUAACUAGAACUAAUCGAGGGCAACAGGAGGAGAUUGACAUGUCCACUCCCGUGAAAUUGCCCACAGCCACAUUACAGUUAGACAAAGACAAACUGCCCCAAUUUACUUUCAACACGCCGCCGCCGCCGGCGGCCGUUAAGCUCACUACAUCUACACCAAAAAUUGUUUUUCCUACAGCUGAUAAAAAAGCUACUCACAUUCCCACAAGUAAGCAAGAAACUGUAAUUAGUAGUGUCUACACAUUUUCUAAUCCUGUUAAAGUAUCAAGUAACAACUUACAAGUGGAAUCUUCAUCUUUGAAAUUCAAAUUCGACUCUCCUGAGCGACGUAUUGAUCAGAAAUUUGAAAACAAACAUGACGAAUCUUCUGUUGUUGUAGGUGUGAUAAAAGCAAACGAAUCUGUCAUAAACAAACCAAAAGACUGGCAGUGUUCCGACUGCUGGAUUAAAAACAAGCCGGACGCCAGCAAAUGUGUUUGUUGUGGAGCUAAACAGCCAACGAAGAGUACUAAAUGCUCUGUUUGUAAAAUUGCCGAUAGUCAGUCACAAAAAGACAAAUGCGCUAAUUGUGAGAAGAUGUCUACCUCACAAGGCGAAAAGUCGCCCGCCAACCCGCCUGCGGCCAGUAUGACAGCAUCGAAAUCUUUGUUCAGUAAAGCCAGCGAUACUAAUUCCCUUCAAGGAACGAAGUUUACUUUACCUACCUUCACUGCAGUUACGGUGACACCAACUAAUGUGUUUUCAAAGCCUGAAACAGUAAUAAGUCCAUUAAAUGCAGUACAAAACACUGCUAAAGUGGAUGCUGAUUGGAAAUGUGACGAUUGUUGGAUCUCGAACAAAAGCAGCGUCGACAAAUGUGCAGCCUGUGGCGGUGCCCGACCCGGAGCGAAACCAGCGGCUAGUAUUACAGAGGCUUUAACUAACAAAACUACAACAUUCGAAAUUAGUGACAAAUUUAAAACCAUUGCGAAGACUCAACAUUCAGACAAAUGGGAAUGUUCCAGCUGUUUAGUCCGUAACGACAGUGACAAAAAGCAAUGUGUAUGCUGUGGUGCGGAAAAAGAAGGCAUAAAGAAAAUGCCCGAAUCUAAGUUUAAUUUUGGAACAAUUACGAAUAAUACAUUUAAAUUCGGUAUUGAUCCCAAAGCGCAAGGCGCUACUAUUGCUGACAAACCCGAAGUUCCGUCAAUAUUAGACACGAAAUUAAAACCACCAUCAGAAACAAAUAAUAAUGUAUUGGCUGAAACCCCAUCAUUUACAUUUGCACUGCCUACUAAGAAAAUAGAAAACAAAUUUGAUAUUUCAAAGGAAAAGACAGAUGAGGCUCCAAAAAUAAAUUUCACAUUUGGCAUCCCGAAAACAAUAUCAACAAGUGCAGCGGUUCCAGCGAAAUUGCCAGAGACUAAUAAAAAUUCCGAAGAAGAGAAACUUCAAGAAGUUCCAUCAGUUGACUUGAACUCACCCAUGCAGAGUAAACCACAGAUGCCUGUACUGACUCAGGUAAAUAACGAAAAUAAGUCGUUAUUACCUACUACAAGUUUAUUUAAUCCGCUAGCCAACGACACAAAGAAGGAAACAUCACUGAAUGCUGCCGUCACAGUACCAGAACCGGGAGACGCUCAGAACCCAAAACCAACAUUUUCGUUUGGUUUAUCGUCCAAUACAAAACUAUUUGGGUCUCCGGCAAGUACGGGUACGUCGAUGAAUUUAUUCACGCAGCCGUCGCAAAGUACGACACCACCAACAACUAGUGCGCCCACGUUGUCGAUGUUUAAACCGGCUGAAGCCACCGCAACGGCGACAUCGUCAUCAUUAUUUCAACAGUCUGAUUUAAACAAACCUGCUGCAUCCCUGUUCCAAAACAAAGAGGCUAGUAAUAUUACUACACCGGCGCCGACACAAACACUAGCAUCGACACCGGCACCAACACCGGCAACAGCGCCAACGCCGACACCGGCACUGGCAUCAGCACUGGCACCGGCACCAACGCCGGCAACCACGCCAGCAACAGCGCCAACACCAGCGCCAGCACCAUCGCUAGCACCAGCAGCACCAGCAGCUUCAGGAGUAGCGCCAGCAACAACAACGACAAUUUUCAGUUUUGGUAGUAAUACAGCUAGUAACUCUUCGGCUCCAGCGGCACUCACGUUACCUACUGCCACCGAAAAACCUAAAUUUCAAUUUUCAUUUGGUAGUAACACAACACCUGCCACUAAUCCACCACCAGCGUUUAAGUCACCGUUCGGUGCGGCUGAAAGUAACGUCAAUACGAAUACUUUUAAUUUGUCUGCUGGAUCUUCAUUGGGUUCUACCAAUAACCUUGCUACUAAUAGCUUUGGAGGCAGCAACGGAUUGAACGCCCCUAACGGACUUACGGGAAAUUCUAUGAUGGGAAAUACACUUUCUGCAAUGCCUGGAAAUUCUCUUCAAACAAUGGGCAACGCCAAUACAUUAGGUGGUACCAAUGGCCUAUCUAAUAAUCAACAACCAGCUGGUAUGCAGGCGGGAAACUCUUUAACCGGAGGUGCAACGGGCUUAUUCAAUAACACCGCACCGAAAGAGAACAUGUGGGCGGCGGGCAACAACACUUCGACCUCGAACCUGUUCGUGUCGAACGCGACGACCAGUAGCUUGCAGAAGCCGGCUGCAUUCACGUUCGGAUCUUCAACACCGUUCAAUACCGGUAACAACGCGCCGGCUUUCGGUGCUGCCGCGGCGCCUCCGCAAAAUAUAUUCGGUAUGAAUAACCAGAGUAACAAUACGCAGCCAAAUCUCUUCUCAAGUCCUGUUCAAAACCCACCAUCAGGAAACAUGUUCGGCUCGCCGCAGCCGGCCAGUAAUCCCACACCACAGAUUCCCAUGUUCGGUUCACCAAGUAUGGGCGCGACUCCAACCUUCGGCUCGCCCAACCCGUCUAUUCCUUCAUUCGAGGCCCCGUCGCUGAACCCGGCGCCAGCACCUGCCUUCACAUUUGGUUCUUCACAAUCGUCUACGACAGGCAUUUUUGGAUUCGGACAACAGCAGCCGCAGAUGCCACAGCAGCACAUGCAGCAGCAGUCGGGGGUGUACAGUUUCGGUGGGGCUCCCGCCGGCGCACCGCAAGUUCAGUUCAACAUUGGCGCCAACGGCAGCAACCCCGCCGUCCGACGCGUUCGUAAAGCCGUUCGUCGGAAUCCACAGCGAUGAAAUCUGCUUCGCCUUUAGCACGGUAUGGACUGGGUCCAGUAAGUGCUCUGCAUAGUUUAAUUGUGAGAACUAUACGGAUAUUAUUAAAUCAUCCUAGACAGUGAAUUAACUAAAUUAUAAGGUAGCCAGUAACACUAUUGUAAAAUGUAUAAAAUUGUAAUUAACUUGGCUGUAGUGAAAAUUGUGUUAUUUUUAAAUUCUUUUUAUGUUUACUUCUUUUAAAUUCUGAUCUUUCUCCUCCCCAUGUACCUUGACCCCAAAACGGGUCGGCACUGAGUUUUAACCAGUUGUGUCAGUAUUUUUUCAGAAAACUUAUAAUUUGUUAGACUUUUAUAAUUUGGCAAUAUCGAUAUUAAGGUAAGAUGUUAUUGAUUUAUUUUUAAUGUCAAUAAAACCCUUUUGUAGUAAUAAACAUAAAUUAUAUUAACCAAAGCUCACUAACACUUAGUUUGUAUAGUGUAAGUAAUGUACGCACUUUGAAUUUUGACUUAUAACAGAUUUUUUGACAUAGUAGUUCUAAGCUCUUGAAGAGAUUACUACAAACUGUGGUAAAUUUAUUUUAUUUAUACUGGGGUAUCAAAUGUCUAAAACCCUUUUACCUAAUUUUAUUAUCGUUUGACGAAAAAUGCAACUUGACCUGAUACAAACAAAAAUACAAACUGACAAUUACUAACCAAUCAGAAGCAUCUUACUUUGAUAUUGUUCUUUAAUGCACUAUGUGUAUACGAUCUUGAAAUAUUCUUAUUAUUAAGUACGGAUUGGAAUUGUAAAAUUGACUUGGUGAAAAUAUUUUUUCUUUUUUAUAAACUAUUUUAUUUUAAGUAGGUAUGUGCAUAAGUCAUUUGCUAUUAUAUAUUUUUAUAAUAUCAUAGCCUUUGUGAACUCUACACGAAAAGAGUUGUAGAUAUGGUAUUACUUAUAGAUUAAAUAGAAUAGUAUGUUCUUUGCUGGUUGAUCCUUAUAUACAGGUGUAUGUUGUUAAAAACACAAAAUAUAUAAAAAUAUCAAAUAUGUAGGGUAUGUAUCAAAAUAAUGAGAAACUUCGAUAUGCUGAGGGUUCAGAAGUUAUUUUUCAGAAUAGACUUACACAUUACAAUGACUUAUUAAAACUAGAUAUAUUUAUCCUCCACAAGAAUAUUCACGACAUCAUAAUAAUAAUGCUAAGGAAUAUAAUUGUGACAUAGCUUACAAACAAACAUUACUUGCUGAGAUGGUCACAUAGAUUCUUAAUAAAUAUAAUGUAGGUCAUCCCCACCUUGAUAUAUCAAGGGACACAAAUUCCUUUCGCAAUUAGCUAUCACAUAGCAGUCACGGAAACAAUUUGAUGCACAUGAAUCCAUGCGAUGUUUUCACAAUUAAAUCAAAUUAUCAUCAAUAAAUUUAACCAGCUGUCAUUUUAGUUAAAAGUUUGUUUGAUAUUGCAGAUAUUUUAAAAUGUAAAAGACUUGUCAAACCACUAAUAUAGUAAAUUAUAUAAAAUUAUAUAAGGAAAUUGGGGUGCUAAAAGAUUUAUAUAAAUGUAAAAGGAUAAUAAUGUUUUAACGACCACAGCCCACAUUUUAAUUAUUUCCUGAAUAUAAGUUAGCUUUUAAAGUUUUGGUUAUACAAAUACAUAACUUUUUUUAUUGCUUUUAUCUUUACAAUAAAAUUUUGUGUCAAAAUGAUUUUUCAUUUGUUUGCAAACAAGAACAUAAUAUUAUCAGUCUUAUUUGUUCAGCUUUGUAUUUGAAAAAGUAUAAAAUAUGCCAUCUUUGCCUUCUUAUAGUUGGCUAAUAAUAUAAUCGUUCUUGAUUAUUAUUGAGUUUUAAAUCCUAUAUAUUAAUAAGCUGAAAUAAUUUGUGAAAUUUUAAAUUAAAUUCCAUUGAACUGAAUCUCCUUGGCUACCACUUUUUUACUUUUAAUAUAUUUAAAUAUUUUGUAAUAUGAAAAACAAAAAAAUAUUGUGAUCUGAAGUAUAAAAUCGAUGAGUGAACUUUUAACUUUUUUAUCAUUAAAAACAAAAACAGAUUUUGAAUAUUGUUUGGUUUGGCAAAGUUAUGUGCAUCAUUGUGGGAUAUGAUGUACUGAUGUACGUGUGAAAUUGAAUCCGCAACAACAUACAUUUGUUUUGUUAUGUGAGUCUUAGCAUGCAAGUUUUAAAUUAUUAUUGUACAUUUACAGCAAAGGUUUCAUAAAUAUUGUAUCAUUUUUACACUCUGAUUUGUGAGACAACAUAUAAAUCUGCUUUAGAAUGUAACUGACAUAGAAUUGUAUAGGAAUAAAUGUUUCGAGUGUUAUCCCUGGUAUUUGUUGAACAAAAAUUUUAAGGUAGAUAAAAUAACAUAAUGCCAUGCACACUAACUGAUUUAUAUUAUAAUUAGCUCUAUAUUAUUGAAUAAGUAUUUGCCUUUUUGGGUGUAACAUAUGUUAAUACAUAGUACUACACCUUAUGUUGUUGUAAAUAGUUGCUAUAUUGCACUUAGAGAAAAGACAGUAAUCAGUGAUCACUACUACCUACCUUACGUCAGGUUUGUUAGGAUAGUUCAUUCACAAAACUAGCAUCCAAUGCGCACUUUUGAAAAAUAUCAAAUUACUAGAUUUAAGUACCAAUUUCACGGGCCGUCACAUUUCUCAAACAAGUGAACAUGUUACUAAACUGUAGUAACAAUAGAGUUCCUAAUAACAUUGUCAUCAUACCAGUGAAUGAAUCGAAUCAUUACUUAGCACUAGUCAUGUAACGAAUUCAUAAAUAUCCGCACAUUUUUUGACAUUAGUAUUAGAAAAUUUUAAUCUUAUCAAAACAUUUUAUUUUCUUACACAGACUUUUGACAUAAUAAAAUUACUUUCUACAACUGUUAUUAAUCGGGACUUUUGACACUAUAUUCCUAAUGAUGAUCUCAGAUUCUAGCAAAAUUUGGCUCUUCCCUUAUUUGGUUAUUUAAGUUGAUGCAAACAAUUACAAAUGUGUGCUGCGACUCGCGGGUCAAAUAAGUUUCAAAAUAAAGCAAUAUAGAACAAUAAUUGGUCAAUAUUCGCAUUCGCAUUAGCGAAUAUCGUUUUCAGAUAUUCGCAAAAGUCUAAAACAUGACAUUCAUUACAUUACUACUUUCUACCAUUGCGGGCUUAUUACUGUGCGUCUCCUUCAUAUUGGCUAAGUAACCUAUAGACUAUCCAAAAUAAGUAAUAUUGUGUCUCAAUGUACCAUUGAUAAUAAUUUGCUAAGUGUUAUUUUCAUACCGUUUAGGUUUGUGAUCAAGCUCUAAAAAUAUAUUGUCAGAUAUUAAAUACUUAAGGAAAUGUACAAACAAUAUUAACCGGCUAAGCUACUUCUGUAGUAAAAUUAAUUUAACAAAUUCAUUUCCGUAAAACAAAUAUUUAGAUGAGUAAACAAUAGGAUCACUUUUCUAAGUAAAAUGUAUGAAAUUUAACUUCCAAAAGAAUCUGUUGUAUAAGUCACUGUAAUAACAAUUAUAUUCCGAUUUGAUUACUUGAAGGAUAAAUAUGAAAGCUGGUCUUUCUAAUGAAAAAAACAAACACUAAAAUCUAAAAAGUUUGAUUAAAUAGGGUGUUUUGUCUUUCGAUUCAUGGCUUGAAGGCCGUGAUAGUCCUUAUUUGCAACGACCUUCCAAACAGCAUAUACAUAAUAUAUUAACUAUAGUACCAAUAUGAAUAUAAAUUUAAUACUUGAAAGUAUUAUUGGUUUUUGGUGAUGGAUCUGCGUAAUUGGUUUUUUUACAAACUUUUGUGUAAUUUCGGGUGAAAUCUUACAACUUAAUUUUCAUGACAAUGUCUUCAACCGCUUGAACCGAUACACAUUUUGUGUGGAUGACAAUGCUUGCUUAUGUGACGUAAUUAUAAGUUUAACGUGACAGAAUUUCCAAGAUUAUUUUUCCUACAAUUUAUUAUAAAAUGGUAUUGACACUGUUUUGUGAGUGAUAUAAAAAAUGCAUAUUAGAUAUAUGUAUAUGGUUAUGUAAGUUCACCUAGGCUAGGUAUUAGUAGUCGGUUACAUGCAAAGAUUAGCACAACGUGUUAUACCAAUAGUAACAUAGCUGUAAGCGUACGACUACGCGGUCCAAUUUCCCAUAAAACUUGUUCCGAAACCACACAUGUUUAGUAUCGCAUUUGAUUAUGUACAAACUGUUAAGUAUAGGUUGCAAUUUUUAUAUAAUAAUUUGUUAUUGGGAAUAUAUUUUAAAGUGCCAACUUCAUUGUAUUUUAUAAGCUACAUAUAGAGCAUCUACUUUAAGUUCGUUAUGUUUGCUGGUCUUUAUGAAAUGUAAGCCAAAAUUUCGAUGUCUUUGUUCUCAUUUAUUCUUUAAUAUACGUAUAAAUUAAUGUAAGAUUACUUUUAAUUUUAUAUUACGUAGUUGUUCAGACCGCGAUACUUACUCAUGCGUAGAUUGAACUGCAGAACAGUGAUGGAUCAAAUUGUCACAAACUAUUGUAAUAUACAUUCAGUGCUGGUUUUAGCCCUGGACGAGAUUUCUUCGGCGCCACCUUUUUUUGAUGACGAGGGGAGACCUUCAAAAGGCGCCUAGAUUUUCGAGCACGAUCAAUCCUCUCAAGAUUCUGCUCAGCAGCCUCCUUUUGGGACAUUACUUACAGUCUCAUAAACUGAGGCCACUUCCCUCUAAUUAUCUGUUUCUGUUAGCAGUAGGCUAUGCUAAGUCUCACCCGUUCUGGCAACCAACACCUGCCGCUCAGAAGCCCACGCUCGGCACUCUCCGAGCGUAUGCUAUCCAUAAUCCAAAUUACCCUCACAGUGGUGGCUUUUCGUCCGGCGCCCCUGAGCGGUCGCCCAGCCUCCUCUUAUCCUAACGCCACUGCUGUAUAUAAGUAUUUGGUAAAAUCUGCAAACUGCUCUACUCUAUUCCACAUUAAACAUUUUGAUGAAUUCGUGGCAGUUGCAGCAUAUAUUCCUAUAGUACGAUAACAUAAUACAUAUAUACCUUAAAGGAUCCCCUUAAUUUAGUUUAUUUAAUAAUAUAAAGUUUUAAGGUAUUUUUAGUAAGAGUUUAAAUCGAUAAAUUGGAUACAACAUGUGAAAUAAUGUAGUAACGUUCGAUUUUUUGCUUCGGAUUGUGUUGGUUGACUGUAAAUAUAGUUCAAUAUAAUUAUGUCAACAUGAUGUGUAGUCGCAUUUGGAAGUCUUGUAACUCUUAUUUUUUUAGCACUAAAAUUAAAUAUCGACGUGUCCAAAUGCCAACUACACACAGUCAUUUAGUGUAAAGUAUAACUAUUGUCUACUGUAAUAAACAACUAUCAGUGGAAAAUAAAAUAAAUGUUAAUGGAAGAUUGGGGAGCAAAACUAACUGUAUACUAGACGGUGUUCUGAAUAAGAAUAAAAAAUGUUGAUAUUUGAUUGAAAAAAAAAUGUUGAUAUAUAAAAAUGCCUUUAGAUUUGUUCCUCAAUGAAAAUGGCCAUUAAAAAUUAAA